AUGGCUCCAGCUAUUGGUAUCGAUUUGGGAACUACCUACUCUUGUGUAGGUAUCUUCCGUGACGACAGAAUCGAAAUUAUCGCCAACGACCAAGGAAACCGUACCACUCCUUCCUUCGUUGCUUUCACAGAUACCGAGCGUCUGAUCGGAGAUGCCGCCAAGAACCAAGUCGCCAUGAACCCAAUCAACACUGUCUUCGAUGCUAAGCGUUUGAUUGGUCGUAAGUUCGCAGACUCUGAGGUUCAAGCCGAUAUGAAGCACUUCCCAUUCAAGGUCAUUGACCGUGCCGGAAAGCCAGUUAUCGAGGUUGAGUUCAAGGGAGAGAACAAGCAAUUCACACCAGAAGAAAUCUCUUCUAUGAUCUUGGUCAAGAUGAGGGAGACUGCUGAGGCUUACCUCGGAGGAACUGUCAACAACGCUGUCGUCACUGUUCCAGCCUACUUCACCGAUUCUCAACGUCAAGCCACCAAGGACGCUGGUCUCAUUGCUGGUCUUAACGUUCUCCGUAUCAUCAACGAACCUACCGCUGCUGCCAUUGCUUACGGUUUGGACAAGAAGAUUGAGGGUGAACGUAACGUUCUCAUCUUCGAUCUUGGUGGAGGAACCUUCGAUGUUUCUCUUUUGACCAUUGAGGAGGGUAUCUUCGAGGUCAAGUCCACCGCUGGUGACACUCACUUGGGUGGUGAGGACUUCGACAACCGUCUUGUUAACCACUUUGUUAAUGAAUUCAAACGAAAGCACAAAAAGGAUCUUUCUUCCAACGCUCGUGCCCUCCGUCGUCUCCGAACUGCUUGCGAACGUGCUAAGCGUACUCUUUCUUCAUCCGCACAAACCUCCAUCGAAAUUGACUCUCUCUUCGAGGGUAUCGAUUUCUACACCUCCAUCACCCGUGCUCGUUUCGAGGAACUCUGCCAGGACCUCUUCCGUUCCACCACCACCCCAGUCGACCGUGUCCUCGCUGAUGCUAAGAUCGACAAAUCCAGAGUCCACGAGAUUGUCCUUGUCGGUGGUUCUACCCGUAUCCCACGUAUCCAAAAGCUCAUUACCGACUACUUCAACGGUAAGGAGCCAAACAAGUCCAUCAACCCUGAUGAGGCUGUUGCAUACGGUGCUGCUGUUCAAGCUGCCAUUCUCUCUGGUGACACUUCUUCCAAGUCCACCAACGAGAUUCUCCUUCUCGAUGUCGCGCCAUUGUCUCUCGGUAUUGAGACUGCUGGUGGACAAAUGACCAAGCUCAUUCCAAGAAACACCACCAUCCCAACCAAGAAGUCUGAGGUCUUCUCUACCUUCUCUGACAACCAACCUGGUGUCCUCAUCCAAGUCUUCGAGGGUGAGCGUCAACGCACCAAGGACAACAACCUUUUGGGUAAAUUCGAGCUCACUGGUAUCCCACCUGCACCACGUGGUGUUCCUCAAAUUGAGGUCACCUUCGAUCUUGAUGCCAACGGAAUCAUGAACGUCUCUGCACUCGAGAAGGGAACCGGAAAGUCCAACAAGAUUGUUAUCACCAACGACAAGGGUCGCUUGUCCAAGGAGGAUAUCGAGCGCAUGUUGGCUGAGGCUGAGAAGUACAAGGCUGAGGAUGAGGCCGAAGCUGAGCGUGUUGCUGCCAAGAACGCUCUUGAGGGCAAGGCUUACCAAAUCAGAAGCUCUUUGUCUGAGGCUGACCACGAGCUCUCCAAAUCUAUCCCAGACCCAGCUGCCAAGGCUGAGUUGCAAGCCAGCGUUGACAAGAUCGUUGCCUGGGUUGACGAGAACCAACAAGCCACCAAGGAGGAGUACGCACAACAAGAGGCUGACCUUGAGGCAGCCAUCAAGAAGGCAACUGCUGGUGGAGCUGGUGGUGCCGGUGGUGAACCAGCUCAAGAUGCUGAGAUCGAGGAGGUCGACUAA